UUAAAGUCGAGAAUUAAAGAUAGAAAUCGGAUCACUCUCUCUAGUGACUCGAACUAACUCGGAUUCGCCAGCCGAUACGUAAAAUCGUUCGUCGUGUCGGACCGAGACGGAACUCCCUUUUCUUUCUCCGUUCCUCAGCCGCGCCCGCCUCCGCUCCUCAGCCUCAUUCCGCACCGCAGGAUUUCAGAACGCGGCGAAUCAUGGACGUCGAUCCUCGUCACUUCAAUCAAGUUGCUAUCAAUGACAAUGAUAUCAACAGUAUUGUUCUGUCAUACCUUGUGCAUAACUGCUACAAAGAAACUGUGGAGUCGUUUGUUGCUUCGACGGGGACGAAGCAGCCUGCCGACUGCAUUGAGGAUAUGGAGAAAAGAAAAAGGAUUUUUCAAUGUGCAGUGGAGGGGAAUGCUCAGAAGGCGAUUGAACUGACGGAAGAGCUGGCACCUGAGUUGCUGGAGAAAAACAAAGACUUGCAUUUUGACCUUCUGAGCCUGCACUUUGUUGAACUUGUUUGCGCUAAAAAAUGCACAGAAGCUUUGGAAUUCGCCCAGAACAAGUUGGGCCCCUUUGGGAAGGUGGACAAAUACGUUACAAAGCUUGAAGAUUUCAUGGCUCUGCUUGCUUACAAUGAACCGGAGAAGUCUCCUAUGUUUCAUUUGCUUAGCUUGGACUAUCGGCAGCAAGUUGCAGAUAGUUUGAAUCAAGCAAUUCUUGGGCAUUCAAACCUGCCCGAUUACUCUGCAUUGGAAAGGCUAAUACAACAGACAACAGUAGUAAGACAAUAUAUGAGUGAAGAUAAUGUCAAGAAUGGGAAUCCUGCAUUUUCUUUGAAGGAUUUUAUUAGAAGCUAAAUGUAUGAAACUUUUGGAGCAGCACCAGAUGGGGAUGAUUGGCGAUCGUUGAGCUCUCGUAUACUACAGUUUGGCUAGUUUCCUUCCGACAACAUUCCCACAUGUGGAUUUGGUGUGUCAUACAUUAUUUCAUGUUUAGAAGUAGUAAUCGAAGGAGGUGAACUUGGUGGGUCGUAUAGAAAACUCGGAUGGGGUAUGUGCCAAUGGUUUUUCUUUAGGCUUUAACGCAAGGCUUGCAUAUGUUAUGGUGCUUGUUUUAAGACUUGCAAAAUUGUGUAAUCUAUCUAUUGAAACUGAUCCAAAGUUUAUCUA